AUGUCGUUUGCCAGACUUGCAUUGAAACAGUUGACCCGAGCCAGCGCUUCUGGUUUGCGCUGCGCCUCCGCACAACAAGUGCAGCGCAGCAGCUCCCGUAUGUUAAAGAACGGUCUUCACAGUGCAUCGCUUCCUUUUGCUCGCCGAUCCAUGGUGGCCAAGCAGACCAUUGCUUUGUUAAGCAGACAACAAGUGCGCACCAUGUUUAUCCAGACGGAGCAAACCCCGAACGAUGAUUCCCUCAAGUUUAUCCCCGGAGUGCCUGUGAUGGAAACCGGCACGGCCGAAUUCUUGGAUGUGCGUGAAUCGAUGAAAUCGCCCUUGGCCAAGCAAUUAUUCCAGAUCGACGGUGUCGCGGGUGUGUUUUUCGGCCCUGAUUUUGUCACCAUCUCAAAGAGCUCCAGCAGUGAAUGGCAAUUGAUGAAGCCGGAUAUCUAUGCUGCGAUUAUGGAUCAUUUCUCGUCUGGCCAGCCCAUUGUAUACAACGAAGCGGAUUUGGCAGCAAGCGACACGACCAUUUUACCGGACGAUUCCGAAGAAGUGCAGAUGAUCAAAGAACUGCUCGAUACCCGUAUCCGUCCUGCAAUCCAGGAAGAUGGCGGCGAUAUUGAAUUUUGCGGUUUUGAGGAUGGUAUUGUCAAGCUCAAAUUGAAGGGAAGUUGCCGUGGAUGCGACAGUUCGGUGAUCACCUUGAAGAAUGGUAUCGAGAACAUGUUGAUGCACUAUAUCCCCGAGGUCCAAAGCGUGGAACAAGUCAUUGAUGAGAACGAGGCCGUGGCCCUCCAGGAAUUUGAUAAACUUGAGAAAAAGCUCGGUGAAAAACAAGCAUAA